AUGCUCUCACCUCUUCCCCUUAAGGCCCCAGAGGCAGACGUUGCUGCUGCUGCUGCUGCUGCUGCUGCCUCUGCUGUACGUACAUCCAGUGAGGAACCCAACAUAACGCAUGCAGCAGCAGAAGAAAAUACAGAGGGCCCCCUCAAUCCCAGCAGCGAACAACAGACAGCAGCAGAAGGCGCAGCAGCACAUGCAGCAACGACUACAGCAGCAACUGCAGCGGCAGCAGCACCAAUAGCUGCACAAACAGCAACAGCUGAAGACAAGGUCACGAAUGACGUGGAGCCCGGAAAUGAGACUAAGGAGCCGUCAGCGCCCAACAGCGUGGAGCCCCGUCGGCAGCAUCGGCCCUCAUUGAAGCACAACAGCAACAACAACAGCAGCAGCAGCCGCAGCAGCAGCAGCACUCACCCCCAUCGUUCUGUUACCUUUCGAGAUAAAGUUUUUAUAGCGGAGGUCCCCGUAGAAAAAAUUCCUCAUGCGCCAAUCCCUUUGACAGACCCUUUAACAACCCCACCCCCAUCAACACACUAUCAGCAGCAGCAGCAGCAGCAGCAGCAGCGACAGCAGCAGCAACAGCAACUGCGCCAGCAGGGGAUCCCUGCGGGAGAUUUGAGAGGGCCGUUAAAGGGCGCAGGCGAGCAGCAGCAAGCUGCUGCAGUGUGGGGCCCUCAGCAGCAGGGGCCCCCAGGGGGGGCCCUGGUGCUGCCGAGGAGCCCCUGGGCCCCUGCUACAAGGGCU